CGGUAUAAAGGAAGCAGCUCAGGGGCUUCCUGCAGCUGGAGGCACCAGCUGGCCGGAUGAUGGCCCAGGGGACAGUGAUCCGUGUGGCCCCAAAGCAGCCCACCCACGCCGUGUGUGUGCUGGGGACCUCCACUCAGCUCGAUGUCCUCAGCUCUGCCCCCAAGGGCUGCACGUCCUUCAGCAUCACUGCCUCCCCCGAAGUAGCUGUGAACGUUGCUCACUGCCGUCCCACCAAGAAGAAUCCCACGGGUUCCUGCAAAUGGCCCCUGGCCCCGGAGCUAGAGGUGACCGUGAGGAUGAAGGCUGCCAGCAGCAGCUCAGGGGACCAGAAGGUUCGGAUUUCGUACUAUGGACCCGAGACCCCACCAGUUCAAGCUCUGCUCUACCUCACCGGGGUGGAAAUCUCCCUGCAUGCAGACGUCACCCGCACUGGCAAAGUGAAGCCGACCAGAGCCAGGAAAGACCAGGGGACCUGGACCUGGGGCCCUCGUGGGCAAGGCGCCAUCCUGCUGGUGAACUGUGACAAAGACAACCGCAAGUCUUCCACUAUGGACUGCGAAGAUGACAAGGUGCUUGACAGCAAAGACCUGCAGGACAUGUCCCUGAUGACCCUGAGCGUGAAGACUCCCCAGGACUUCUUCACCAGGCACCAGCUGGUGCUCCACGUGGCCAAAUCUCAGAUGGACAAAGUGCGGGUGUUUCACGCCACACGGGGCAAGUCGCCCUCCAGGUACAAAAUGGUCUUGGGGCCCCAGCAACCCUCACAUGUCCUGGAGCUCCCGGGCGGCCAGCACAGCACGGACUUCUAUGUGGAGGGCCUGGUCUUCCCGGACGCCGACUUCCCGGGGCUCGUCCUCCUCACCCUCUCCCUGCUGGACUCGUCCAACCUGGAGGUCCCCCACACCCUGGUUUUCCAAGACAGUGUGGCCUUCCGCGUGGCCCCCUGGAUCAUGACCCCCAACACCCAGCCCCCGCAGGAGGUGUACGUGUGCAGGGUUUUGGAAAAUGAAGACUUUCUGAAGUCAGUGAUUGCUCUGGCCAAGAAAGCCAAGUGCAAGCUGACGGUCUGCCCGGAGGAGGAGAACAUGGAUGACCAGUGGAUGCAGGAUGAAAUGGAGAUCGGCUACAUCCAAGCGCCGCACAAGACGCUGCCCGUGGUUUUCGACUCUCCGAGGAACAGGGGCCUGAAGGAGUUCCCGGUCAAACGCGUGAUGGGUCCAGAUUUUGGCUACGUGACCCGAGGGCCCCAGACAGGAGGCAUCACCGGACUUGACUCCUUUGGGAACCUGGAAGUGAGCCCCCCAGUCACAGUUGGGGACAAGAAAUACCCACUGGGCAGGAUUCUCAUCGGGAAUAGCAGUUACCCCAGCAAGGACAGCCGGGAGAUGCACCAGGCCCUGCAGGACUUCCUCGGCGCCCAGCAGGUGCAGGCCCCCGUGAAGCUCUACUCCGACUGGCUGUACGUGGGUCACGUGGAUGAGUUCCUCAGCUUCGUCCCGGCCCCCGACAGGAAGGGCUUCCGGCUGCUCCUGGCCAGCCCCGGGUCCUGUUACAGACUGUUCGAGGAGCUGCAGGCCGAGGGCCACGGGGAGGCCGUGCUGUUCGAAGGCGUCGUGAGUAAAAAACAACAGAAAAUCAAGGACAUCCUGUCAAACAAGAAGUUGAGAGAGCAUAAUUCCUACGUGGAGAGCUGCAUCGACUGGAACCGCGAGGUGCUGAAGCGGGAGCUGGGCCUGGAUGACCGCGACAUCAUCGACGUCCCCCAGCUCUUCAAGCUCAUGGGGAGUUCAGCCCUCAAAGCCGAAGCCUUUUUCCCAAACAUGGUGAACAUGCUGGUGCUGGGCACGCACCUGGGCAUCCCCAAGCCCUUCGGGCCCAUCAUCAACGGCCGCUGCUGCCUGGAGGAGCAGGUGCGCUCCCUGCUGGAGCCCCUGGGCCUCCACCGCCCCCUCUUCUCCUUCAAGUGGUGGAACAUGGUGCCCUGA